GAAAGAGCCGAUCAACCAAACCCCACAGCCCGCAAACGCCACAAACAAGUCCUCGACCCAGAGCAGCAGCCGCCGCCGCCGCACAUGCGGUUAGGCGGUGUACCCGAAAUUUAUCCUUUGCAUAAAAAACAAAUCAAACCGACCCAACCACCCCCAGUGACCCUAGUUUUCGGAUUGUGCGCACGCCAUCUACGGCGCAAGUUAGUUUUUGACCGGUUGCUUCUCCUCUGCCGCCCCCCGCUUUUAAUAAACCUACCCCACUCUAACCAAUUUUUCCAUUAUGCCACCCUAUCCACCGCAACCUCCUCCGCCUCCUCUCUCCACCACUUAUUUUGUAUUUCUCCCAUCCCCCGCCGUGCUAGAUCCAUUAUCCUGUUUACCCACCCAAAAAAUUCAUGGCUACAAUUUUUUCACCGUCAUCUCCGUCGGGCAACGUCGACCACAUACCUACGGCUACCCUGGCUGUACCGUCCAUCGCUAUUUCGGCCUCCGCCUCUCGCCGUCUUCCGCCGCCGUGCUGGUCCGCCGAUGAGACUGUGGCUCUGAUCGACGCCUACAAGGAUAAAUGGUACUCACUUUGUCGUGGUAAUCUCCGCGCCUUCCAUUGGCAGGAAGUGGCUAACGAUGUCGCUUAUCGAUGCCCUUCUAGCCCUGCCAAGACAUCCGUCCAGUGCCGCCACAAGAUGGAGAAACUCCGCAAGCGCUACCGCGCUGAGAUCCAACGCGCGGCUGCGUUCGGUGGCUCCAGUCGAUUCUCCUCCUCAUGGGUCCACUUCCAGCGCAUGCACUCCAUGGAAAAGGGCCCCAACUCAACCCCGCCUUCCUCUGACGACGACCUGCCGGAAGAAGACCACAAGAACAGCAUUAAACGCAUCAACGAGGUAUACAACAAUAAUGGUUACAAUAAUCAGAAGGCUAGUUUUGGUAAUCAAGGCCCUAGGACUAGGAUUAAUGGAACAACAACUGGUUGUCGAAUUAGAAUCCCAGGCCAGGGAAUUUCGGGGCCUUCUGCUCGUAAGUUUUCGAGUAAAUUUGAUGAGAUGGGUAGUCUAUUCUCUGAUAACUCUAGCUGUAAUUUUAAUUCUAGUGCUGGUGGUUAUGGGAAUUCUACUCAGGUUUUGCAAGAUGGAUUUCUUGGAAGUUGUGAAUUGGAGAAAAGAGGAGAUGAAAAUGGAAAUAGAAGGAAAGGAGAUAAUGGGGUAGGACAGGUGGCGGCGGCUAUAAGGGCUUUGGGUGAAGGGUUUGUGAGGAUAGAGAAGGUGAAGAUGGGCAUGGCACGCAGAAUUGAGGAGAUGCGAAUGGAGAUGGAGUUGAAGAGGACCGAGAUGAUACUCGGGUCUCAACAGAGGAUUGUGGAGGCCUUCGUUGAGGCAAUCUCUGAGAGAAAAACUAAGAAGGCGAAGAAAAUGAUGAUGCCUGAGCUUUAAAAUCCUAAGAUGAGGUAGAUUGGAAGAUGAUUAAAUAUGAAAAUUGGGGUUGGAGUCUUGGAGUAGUUUCUACGGUGAAGACUAUGGGAUCUUUGAUGCUAAUUGAGCAAUUGACAUUUUAUUCUAUUUCCUCGUGUAUGAGGGGUUUUUCUUCUUUCCACUUUUAGGUUGUCAAUUUAACAGGCAUUUCGAUGCUGAUUGCUGCUAGCUUGUUCUUUAGUUGAAAUUACUUUUCUCUGCAUUGUGAUUCUAAUGAUAGUCCAAAAACUUUAUUCUUAUUGAAUGUGUAAAUGAAGAACUUUUUGAUAUUGGAAGACUUUUGAAAUUGCAUGCUA